AUGACGAGCAGCAAGCAAGAGGCAGCGACGAGAAGACACAACGGAGAGCGGCAAGCAAUACGUCGCCGAAUGAAGGAAGUCCCAAGAGCGAGAUCGAGAUGGGGAUUGAAGGAGGCGAUAAGCGAAGAGGAAGGGCUUGACGAUGCGAUUCACCACCAUCUCCUCCUCGUUUCUCCUCAACGAAUCGGCCGUCGGCGAAUCGGACAGGAAGGAGGCUAUUGGCUGGCCACUCGACUUUUUCUCAUCUUCGCCAAGCCUCCGCUGCAAUUGGAAAUGGAAGAGAGAUCGAGGGAAAGACAGCCGCUGAGAAGAGGUGCUGCUUCUCGCAGAGGUGCGGCUGCGUGA